AUGGUAGUCACAACAGACACGUACACAUACAUCGGCGUGGUCGCAGAAGUCUUGAACGAAGGUCUACCGCGUGCUUCUUACCUCGUCAUCGGCGACAAGUCCGGUCGUGGCUUCCGCGAGCGCUUGCAGCUCACUCACACUCUGAUCCUCUUCCAAUCGCUUCUUGGGUUUAUCAUGAGCAUCGGCUUUGUCGCAGGCGCUUCUACUUUCGCGCAAGGCUUUGUUCCAGUGGAGGUCAGAGAUGUGAGUGUCACAUAUAUUCGCAUCUCCGCGUUCUCUGCAUUUAGUUCGGCAGUAGAGUAUGCGAUCUCAACGUCAACUCGCGCGCUGGAUAAGCCGGAUGUCCCACUUAUCAUCAGUUCCGUCAAGUUUGCUGUCAAUAUCAUUCUCGACUUGAUCAUCAUCUCUAAAUUCCAUGUCGGGAGCAUCACGCCCACGGUGAACAUGCAGGCUGGUAUCUCGCUCGCUUGCAAUCUCACUUCCGCUUUUGCUGGACUGGCGUACUUUGUUUACACGACGAGUGUAAGCUCCAAGUCGCCGGUCCAUGGCGACACAUCCAGCCGCGGUAUAGCCCCUUCCGUACCAGCUCUCGUCACACUCGCGAAGCCGGGUGCGAUCUUCUUCUCAGAAUCAGCCAUCCGAAACGCCCUAUACCUGUGGUUAGUCCACGGUAUCGUCGGGCUGGGUAGCGACUACGCAACUGCUUGGGGCGUCUUCUCAACCAUCCGAUGGGGUCUGAUAAUGGUACCUGUCAUGGCGCUCGAAGCGACCACACUGACCUUUGUGGGUCACUCAUGGGGAGCAUUGCGCGCGACCGUCGUGAGCAUCUCACAGGCUGCGAAGCUCCAAAUUACGCGUCGACAAUUAUGGGGCGUGGUACGCUGGGCGCUUUACUCCGUCAUUAUAGUGUUGAUGGUGGAGAUCCCACUCUGUCUCAUCAUGUCCUUCGCCGGUGCUGAGCCUUUCGCACGGUACCUCUCAGGAUCCGAAGACGUCUCACGUAUAGCCGCACUUGAUGGAGUUUGGGCGCUCAGGCUGGUGAAGGGAAAGAUGGAUGUAAACAGGGCGUAG